UAAAACAAGCUUUAUAUUGACUUCAUUAAGUACUUUAAAUUCUUUAUAAUUAAAUAAAUCCAUACAAUUUUUUUCAAAAAUAUUAUAACUUCCAUUAAAAGAAUUUUUAUAAGCUUCAAAUAUGUUUAAAAAUAAAAUUGUUUUAUUACUCUUCGUUAUUUAUAUAACAAUUGCAUUUGCAGUUCCAACAAAUAUUGUAGAAUACAACAACAGCGAAGUCAGUAUAAAUGACGCUUAUACUGUCAAUGCACAAAGUGUACAGUAUUUUCCAGGUGGCCACAUGAAUGCCGAUAUAUUGUAUAAUUACAUAAAAAAAUUCUUACCUAAUAUUGGCGAGGGUAUUACUCCUGAAAAAUGUGAAGAUUUCGUCCAAAUUUACGCAAUAUCAAAUCCAGAUAAAGGACUUACAAUAGAUGAAUAUGCUAAUGUGAAUUCGAUAAUUUUAAGGUGGAUUCAUGAACCAAUACAAAAUAGAUUAGAUAUAGAGUAAUUUAAUUUUUGAAAAAUUUGUUUUCAUCAGUUUGUAAUUCAGUGUAAAUUGAAUGUAUUAAAUAAAAUAUAAAUUUUUAGUUUUUGUUAUAUUCUCUUAUAAUAAAUGAAUAAUCAUGUUACAAAAUUAUCAUAA